AUGUCCAUAGGUGCGAAUGCAAUCUUUCGACCACAUAAUGCCGCAACAGCAGCGCUUAUAAAGUUUGUUCCCAAUUUUGUUGCUCUGCGUCUUAGUUGGACUCAGAAUUCUCUUCGAAGUGAAGGCUUAGAACAGUUCGUGGAAGAGUUUCUUCCAGUCAUCAGAGAAAACAAUCCUCAGAUAAAGUACUUCUUACACAGGACUUACACGGAAUGCGAUCCUUUCGUUGUUGGGGAAUAUACGUGGUUGCGCAGCCGCAGGAAACGUGCGUCAUGGCGGUCAAAGCAUCAAGUUCUAUCCAUGGUUGAGGAAAUGGCUGUUGGCGGAGACUACAGGCCUGGCAUGAAACGUGGCGUAAACAGACGCCUUCCACGCGGGCAGGAACUGUGGGAUACUGAGACUAUGGGUCACGAUGUUUUUAAG